AUGGCUGAAAUAAAUAACCGAGUAAAAGGCAUGUAUGAAAAAAUAGUUGGAAGCUUAUUAUACUUAGCCACCAACACGAGGCCAGAUAUUGCUUUCGCAACGUCCUAUAUGAGCCAAUUCACGAUAAAUCCAAGUCAACAACACCUACAAGGAAUAAAACGAAUACUAAGGUAUUUAAAGGGAACCUUAGACGUGGGAAUAGUAUAUACGAAAGAUGAGAAGGAAACAAACGUUAAAAUUUACACUGACUCAGAUUGGGGAAGUGAUUUAAACGACCGCAAAUCAUAUAGCGGAUAUGUAUCAAUAAUGAGUGGAGGACCUGUGUCAUGGACGAGCAGAAAACAACGAACUGUAGCACUCAGUAGUGCGGAAGCUGAAUUACUUGCUUUAUGUGAAUGUGUCAAAGAGACGAUUUGGUUUAGGCAGCUAUUCGAAGAACUGCAAAUAAUCUAUGAUGUGAGCCGACCUUGGAAAAUAUACAUGGAUAACAUGGCUGCACAGAAACUGGCAGAGAACGAGACAACAUCGGAGAGAAGCAAGCACAUGGACAUAAAAACGUUAAAGAUAAGAGAUGACAUCAAGGAAGGAAAAAUUUUCUUGAAGUACGUACCAACUGAAAGGAACUUGGCGGAUUCAUUCACAAAAAUUUUGAGCAAAGAACGGACAACACGACUGAACGGAUUGAUGGGAAUUGAUUUCAAGUACGAAAGGAAAUCAAUUCAGGAGGGGUGUUAA